AUGCACUCGCGAAAAUCAGACUACACAGUAGCAAGCGGAACCACUUUGGAAUUCUUUGAUGGCAUUCAUAAAUCCAACCGUAACCUGUCUGUUUUCCCAUUUAAAGCAGACCCUUCAUCAGAUAUAGCCUUCUCACGCCAAACAACCCAACCGCUACCCUCAAAACUCAAAUCUCUUACAACGCCAACCCUUCCCAAACUAGGCACAGGUCCGCUUCAUCUGCAAUUUGCACACUCUGUGACUGCAUCUUUGCCUAGCAAUGCUGCUGCAGCAUCGGCAGAUACGGGGUCUACUGCCUUUACUUCACACGAUACCCCUCAUGGUUUUUUUCAACAUACCUGGUCCAUGUUUUCCAACAUGACAGACGCGCAACGCAACCAACUUCUCAAAGGAUUAAUGGCACGAUGCUCCACCAAACAGGUUGAAGUCAUUUCCACCUGUCUAAAUCUUCGUACUGCAGAAACUGGGUCAAGUAAAGUUUAUUUAGAGCAAUCCAAAGAGUUUAUCCAUGAUAUGCAUGCAAAACAUACCAUGACAAAACACCCAAGUUUUUCAAAAAUCAAGUUGGAUAAACAUCGGGAAAUACCAAGGCAACGUUUGGCAUAUGCUACAACAGAUCCAAACACAUACAUGAACGCCAACAUUUACAUCAAAUUACUCAAUUCAAAUAUAGAUGCUGAUUUGAUUUCAAAACAACUGUUUAAAGCUGGUCCGGAAGGAACAAAGUUUCUCAUGUCGUUUCUUUCAAGUCGAUGCAAAAAACUUCAGGGAAUUCUUCAAACCAUGUAUGAGAUUUCGUUGGAAAUUGAAAUGGAAAAAGCCAUGGACAUGCUUCUUCGUUGUGUAAUGGACGCUACAGAAGCCAAACACGCAUGUCUGUAUUUCACAGGUGCAGCAAAUGGAAAGCUUAUUGCUCAAAACUCCAAUUGGGUCAAGCCAAGGGAAAAUGUUACAGUCAAUGAGGUAUUUGCAGGAUCAAUUGUUUUCAAAGGAGAAAGCGUUAAUAUAUACAACAUCAAAACUUCCGAGUAUUAUACGGACAUUAUAGCUGAAAUGUAUCACCAAGUCGAUGCAGACUGCAUUCUUUCUGCGCCAGUGUUUGGUGACGGUAUGAAAGUUGCUGGACUAAUUGAAGUCAUCAACAAAAAAUCUGGAAACCCAUAUUUUAAUGCAGAGGAUGAGUUUAUGAUCAAGGCGUUGGCUAGUCUAGGCACAUUGUUGUUUAAUCACGCCAGCAUCAAGCAAAAUGCAAUUAAAAAGACUGACGAUAUCAAAGUAUUUUUAAAUACUACAUCUAUGAUGACGGGUGAAAAGGCUGAUACGGGAGAUUUGCUGCCAGUGAUUAUGCAAACUGCUAGAGAGCUUGUGACUGCGGAACGAUGCGCAUUGUUUAUGCUUGAUAGAGAGAAAGAAGAGCUAUGGUCAACCGUAGCCCAAGGAUCGGCGGAAAUUCGUAUCCCAAUGAACAAAGGUAUUGCUGGACACGUGUCCAUGACUGGAGAAACUCUCAAUAUCUCUGACGCCUAUGCGGAUAGUCGAUUUAAUAGAGAAAUCGAUAUGAGAACUGGUUUUCGCACACGCAAUAUCCUGUGUAUUCCCAUGUUUGAUCAGAACCAAGAUAUUAUUGGCGUAACACAAGUCAUCAACAAACUACCUGAACAAAGUCACUUUACCAAAGAAGACGAAACUCAAUUAUCUUCUUUUUCAUCUCUAGCUGCAUCGACGAUUGAAAAGCAACGUGCAUUUAAGAAUCUGUACAGUAGCUUGAACAAAACAGUACAAUCACGCACCUACAUAUCUGGAGUGAUUCAAAGCCUAAAUAGUGUAAUUCUAGGCCUGAAUGAUGAUGGUCGUCUGGUAUUUAUCAACAACCCAGACAAAUUUCUUUUGGAUGAAAUACUGCACACAAUGCAUUUAACAUCAUUUGAGCACUGGUUAGGGCAUGACAACUCUCAGCUUGUUGACGAUAUUAUUCGAGUGAAAGCCACGUUAUGUCCAAUUUCAGGACGCAACUAUGCGUUGCAGCUUCCUAAUCAAUCCAUACGCCAUGUAAACUAUUUGAUUCAGCAUAUAGCAUAUGAUCGCAAAGUGGACCAGCGAAUGGAGUUUCAUCACAUUACAUCUACAAAACGUCUUUCGACCCCGCAUUUGAAAAAAAAGCAACCCAAGGCCGACACCAUAGAGUUGCAAACUGUCACAGGCAUCAUGCUCAUUUUGGAUGAAAUCACGGCUGAAAGCAGUCUAGAGGAAUCACUUGGAAGACAAAUGAAGCCUGCUACCAUGCAUAAGCUUAUGAGUGACUCACCAAAAUUAAAUGGCAAGAUGCAGAAAGUAACUGUAAUGGUAGCAAAUAUUAGGGGAUUUAAUGCUGCCACACGUGGGCUUGAACCAUCAAACACGGUCAACUACCUCAACAACUUUUUUGAAACAGUAGCCAAUGUUGUUCAAAACGAAGGUGGAAUGAUUACAUCUGUUUCGGGUGACACUGCUACAGCUGUAUUUGGGCUACCUUAUACCCAUGCAGAAGAUGCGCGAAAUGCAGCCAUGGCAGCUUUGAAAUUACGGCAAGCUGUUGAAGAACUGAGUAAACAGCAUGAAGCAGGUAACCUUCCAGGAAUUCGGGUUGGAAUAGGUCUUGCUACUGGCAACGUCUUGUCGGCAAUCAUUGGGCCACCCCGUGCACAAUCAUAUACUAUUGUAGGAGAGCCAGUGCAAGUGGCACACAGGCUACAGGAAAUUGGAAAGUUGUAUGGUGUGAUGAUCAUGACAUCUGAAUCUACCCGCCAAGAAGUGAUGGAUCAAUUUCACUCACGAGAAAUCGACGCGACUGUAUUACAAGGUAUCAACAGUCCCAUCACGCUUUACGAGAUCAUGGCUAGCUCUGAUCAUGAUUUGCAACAUGAUGUAAUGACGACACUGAUUUGCUUCGAGUUGGGAUUAUCAGAGUUUCGUGCAAAAAAUUGGCAGGCUGCUGCAAUGCAUUUUAAAAAGGCAAUUGCAUUGUCUGACGACCGGCCACCACGAACCUUUAUUGAGAGAUGCAAGGGAUUCAUUGAUGGAAAAUACGAAGUGGCAGAGGAUUGGGAUGGAGUGUGGAGAUUUCAUCAAUAA